AACUCCUAGAAAUUCAGUUUUAACAUACCAGUAUUUAUAUGAGAUUAGAUACAUACGCUAACGAACAAAAAUGAAAUUACGCAUAAAUUCAAAUACACACGUCAAAUAUCGAUUUGUACAGACAACUCAAUAAAUAGAUCGCAUAGCGCGAAGUUUUAUCUCUUACAGCAGAGUAGUGGGCGCUCUUAAGGUAACUAGGAAGUAAAUUACCUGUAAAUUGAUCUUUAUGUAAAUAACACAUAACAAAAUGGAGCAAAGCAAAAUUAAUUUGUUUUUAGAAUACUUGAUAUCGCGUAAUACCAAAGAGGCGGUUGAUAAAACUGAUGUGAAAUUAAUAGAGGCACAGAGAGAGUUGGAAGUUUUGGAACAAAACAAGGAAAUAAUUUCGCAACGUGUGCCAAACAUUGAAGAACAUGUGAAAACCCUAGAUAAAAUAAUAAACCUGUCCAAAGCUUAUGGCAGUAUCAAUUCAGCUAAAUCGUGGGCAAAAAGUGCAGUGAUUUCUUUAUGUCCAGACAUCGAACUUUCUUUAAAGGAAAUACGUGCUCAGCAAUCUUCUGGGUACACGGUGGAAAGAGAAACACGUAACAAGGUGAAAGACAACGGUAAUGGCAGCACCGCUGAACUUCUGGAGAAAAGGUAUGGAUUACACCAUGCGUGGUGCAGUGGUAGGGCUAUUGAUUCCAGAGUUCCAGAGGUCCCGGGUUCCAAUGCAGGCAGAAAAGCAGGUAUAGCUCUCGUCCAUGACAAUCCAGAUAUUACGGACUUGAGUGACCCAAACAGACCCACGAAAAUAGCCGAGCGCUGGUCCGAGCUUUAUGACAAUGAAUGGACCGAUGCUUUUGAGGAAGAGGUUCGCAGUCGUAAAGUAGACGAGAAGGAAGUAAUCAAAGAUCUUUUGGAGGUCGUCAAGUUAGCAUACCAAUUCUGCACCGAAAAAGCCGCGGGCGAAAUCAAGAAGUCGGCCGAAGCUGUUGAUCAUUUCCGUAAGACAGAGGCUCGCACUAAAAUACACCGGCUCCAGAAGGUGUUCUUGAAAGAUUCAAAAGCCAAAUUAGUGAAGCAUGGUCCAACAGCAAAAUCAAAAGAGUUCAUUAACAAGUGCGUUGAGCUCUGUUGGUGGAUGUGCAUACAAGAACGUCCAGUGUACAUAUGCAGCAUUGAUGACGGAGAGAACGCUGACUUCUACCGAGCUUACACAAAGUCCGGGUCCCAGCUUGACUACAUUGUGUGGCCGGCAUUGAAGUUGUACAAGGGCGAUCCUUUAUCAUACAGUGGGGUCGAAACCAACUUAAAGUUGUACAAGGACGGUCCUUUAUUAUACCGUGGGGUAGCACAAUUCAAGUGACGAUCGUAGUAAAAAAAAUCCUGAUUUAUAACAUGUCCAUUGAGUUUAUAAUAACAGCUGAACUUGAAGUUGUGUCUGACUGCAGACUUCUUCUUAAGACUCUUUAUAAUAACAGUGUGUCGUAAAGCUUUAACUUUCAUAAUCGUAAGAUAUAUGGACAUAUGCACACUGAUAAUCAUUCAAGGAAAAUCGGACGGGGACUUACUAAUUAUUUGAGGCUUAUCAAAUUACUUAUAUACCAGCUCACACUUUCUUUUUCCGUUUAAGUUAAUGUUAUUGAAAUGUUUCAACUGGAGAAGAAUUAACUAACUGCUUUGUUUUAGAAACAUAAUAAAAGUACUCAAUCGCA